AUGUGGUGUGGUGGCUGCUGCUACAGAUCAAGACCCGCGGCGGGUGCGGUAUGUGCCGUUUGGAAAAUCUGCGACAAGCUGCCCAGCCUGGAGAAUGAUCCUCAGCCAGUCGGUUCCCGUUUCUCAUUAGGUGCAGACAGGCGAGCGCUACACAAGACAAAUUUGGAGGCCGGCACAACCAAACAACGUCCUUUUGACAUGUCGUAG